GCCCCCUUACAUGCACUGAUCCCAUCGGAGUGCCCCCUUACAUGCACUGAUCCCAUCGGAGUGCCCCCUUACAUGGACUGUUCCCAUCGGAGUGCCCCCUUACAUGGACUGUUCCCAUCGGAGUGCCCCCUUACAUGGACUGUUAUCCCAUCGGAGUGCCCCUUUUACAUGGACUGAUCCCAUCGGAGUGCCCCCUUACAUGGACUGAUCCCAUCGGAGUGCCCCCUUACAUGCACUGUUCCCAUCGGAGUGCCCCCUUACAUGGACUGUUCCCAUCGGAGUGCCCCUUUACAUGGACUGUUCCC